UCCCAUCGUUCUUCGUCGAGAUCAACUUUCGUGCUUCGUGGGAGCGACGACGCUCGAGGGCGAAUUACAUUGCCUGGGUGGUGUUUCUACUUUCCAAUAUCCAUCGUCUCCGGCCGUCUGGUUUCAAAUUUCUAUUGAGAUGCUUUGCUAAUCGAUUACUCCCCAUUUUCAUCGUAACAUCUAGGGUUCUUGAUCGACCUCUUGUUCGAUAUCAGGGGCUUUUGGUUCUCAUACAGUGGAUCCCAAUUACCUUCGGACCUAAGACGUUUACAUAGCUGUAAUUGAAUUUUAAUUUUUGAGAUUCCUAAUGGUUAACUCUAAGAAAGAGGAAUUUAUUGAUGAUGGCAAGAUCGAGGAUUCGGACAAUGUAAUUCAAUCCACUGAUGCACCACCGUCUUCUGAUGUUUCCCCGACCGGUAAUGAAACCUCUUCUGUUGGAUCUACCGGACCUUCGAGCACUGCUCGGGAGAGUGGUACAAACUCUGGAAGUGAGAGCGGGCUCACUGAGAGGCUUAGGGUUAUUUUCAGAGAUGGAGGUGAUGGAGAUCUGUUGCUUCAGCAAAGCGACCGGGAAAACAGCGUACUGCAGUGGCUACAGGCCCUGGAUUUGCAGGUUAUGGGGGCGUGCCGUGCCGAUGAAAGGCUAAAACCGUUGCUCAAGCUGAAUGCCUCGAGUGGUGUUGCUGAAGAUCGAUUGCUGGCUCAUCUAAACCAGCAUUUCGAGGCUUCGGAGGUUGGUAUGUUGGCGAGGUGCUUGGGUGUUCCUCUUGUUUCCAUUCGCGUUGGAAAGGUCGUCAAGCAGGGGACUCUUCUAUGUCCAACUGCUACAAGGGGAAAUCUGAAUCUCACACUCUUGCCUACAUCUGAUCUGCAUAUUUCAUUCAUUGGGGAUGAUGGGUGCACAGAAAGAUUGGCUACAUUAAGUGACAGUUCUGAAAGCGCAGCAGUAGCAAUCGAAGAAAUACCAGCUGAUAAUUCAGGUCGUUCUUUCCUUAUAAGGCUCCUUGGUUCUCAAGUGUCAUAUUUUUGGUGCUCAGAGAGGUCAAAGCUCCUUGGUAUUGAGUUGCUUGCAAAGAUGAAGGAUCUGCUGAGGAGGAAGCCCACUCUAGCUCAGUUAACUGGCAUUAGUGAGUCACGCCUUGACUGCUUUGCAACUCAUCUCCGUGCUUAUCUUCUUGGAUCCACCAUGAGAAACAACACAGAAGUAAAUUCAGUAGUCUCUUCAACCUCUUUAACUGAUAGUGCAUUCAAUCCUUCAGACUUUGACCAAAACAACCAAUGCUCUUCUGCAUCAUCAAAGCCUUCCCGCCUCCGGCAUAAUAGCGUUUUAGCAACUAAAGCACAUUUACCCUAUCAAGGCAGCCUCAGCCCACGAUCAAAUUCCUUUGAAGAGGGGAUGCAGAGAAGCAUGUCCCUUGCAAGAAGUGGGGCCAGAGAUAAGUUUAGGAGGCUUGGAGACAGCCAUGCUUUAGCCAUUGAUAACAUGCCUGUUGCUUCCGCAUCUGCGGCAGAAGUAUCUAGGGCAAGCCAAAUUGAAAAUGACAAGUCUCUGGAGAUAAGUGGGCCUUCCCCUUUGUUGCCAUUGAGCUUCCUGAAAUCUCUUGAAAAUUCUACCUCUCCAACUUCUAGUUUGCCGGCAUUUUUGAUUCCCACAUCACAUGUUUCGGCUCCCAGUGUCUCUCAUUUCUCCCCACAUUACUGUUGGUGCCCUCCUUGUGCAUCAUCCCUAAAGCAUACAACGGUACCGUCUCAACUGCCUGUUGCAUCAACUGAAUCUGUGUCACUACCACCACUGUCAUCUUUCUCGGCAGUUAUGAGGUCAUCUAGCUCAAUGACUCCAUCAAAGCCAUCUCUAAAUUUAUCUGAAUUUCCUUCAUUGGAUUUUCCAGCCUUCUUGCCAGACCCUCCAUUUAUCAACAUGCCAAACUCACAGCAAAUUCCUACUUUUACACCAUUAAUUUGUGACCCUAUUGUACACAUUCCAGUGAUUGAUGUUUGCUCCUCUGGCCAAGGGUACCUGGUGAGUGCAGGGGCUGCUAUUUCGACAACCAUUCCUCCUUUGCAUCCUAAAUUUGUGAACCCGUUAAUUCCAGAAACCGAAUCAGCAGUGGAGAAGGGUGCAAGGGAGACUCUUCGGCUUCUAAUCAGUUCGACACAGACAAAUCCACAGCUGAUGGAUGUGCUGCCUGCAGUUUUGAAUAGCACUGAUAAAAUGCAUACAAUGCUUGUAGCCGGAAGUUGUCUGUAUAGUGGGACCAGAGAUGUUGAUGCUGUUGCAAACAGCAUUGCUGCCAUGGGGUUGGUUCCUCCGUCAGAUAGGCGUGAUAAUGAAGAAAAGCACGGCUGCAGUAUUAAUAUGGAGAAUCAACUAGAGGAAUCUGAAUGUUCAUCAGAAUCAUUUGAUGACAAAGAGGGCUCUCUCUGAGAAAGAUUCGAGUCUAAGUUAGGUGAUUAGGAGUACAUUUGAUUGUAAAAUUUUUGUGAAGCCUUUGCCUGUAAUGGCUUGUAGUGAUAAAAUUGUAGAUAUGUAGCUGUAAUUCUGACGUUUGUUAAGUGCAAUUGGUUUAUUACAAAAAAAAAAGUGCAAUUGGUUGAAUAUCUCGCCA